AUGGAGAAGCUGAGACUUUUGACAAAGCUGGAAGAUGCUCGUGUGCUUUCGACUCUUGAGAAAAGCGGCCUCACUCUCUCCAGGAUUGAGCAGCUUGGGCUGUUGUCCAUAGCUGAGAAGUUGGGACUGCUUUCUGCAACGUCCAGCAGGGCAACUCCAUUCCUCGUAUACGCCGUUGCCUUUGGAUUGCUUGCGGCUGGCCCUGCAGUCGUAUACUACACCCCAGACGAUACCACAGCUGCAGUCAUCGGCCAGUUCGUCAUCGCGGCGCUGUGCGCUGUGGGAGGAGCUGCUGCCUUUGGGGGUGCUAGCCUUCUAUUCUCCCUGCAAAAGAAGUAA